CGCUGUGGCGGCGGCAGUUGUGUGAGAAGACAUGGCCGCGGACGGAGUGCGUGGCUUUCUUAAGACGGUCGGGUUGGUGCUGGUGGUGCUGGCCCCGGCGGCUUCCCAGCCUCCUAAUGUCAUCAUAAUGCUUAUGGAUGAUAUGGGCUGGGGUGACCUGGGAGCCAAUGGCGAGCCGAGCAGGGAGACUCCCAACAUCGACCAAAUGGGCAGAGAGGGACUCACUGUGACAUCCAUGUAUACGGCAGCGCCCCUCUGCUCCCCGACCCGAGCAGCUCUUCUGACUGGCAGACUACCCAUCAGGAAUGGCUUCUACUCUAACAACACGCACGGGAUGAAUGCCUACACCCCGCAGGAGAUAGUGGGUGGGAUCUCCUCCAGCGAGAUCCUCCUUCCGGAGCUCCUGCGGCCACAGGGUUACACUUCAGGCAUCAUUGGUAAAUGGCACCUGGGGCACCGGUCACCCUACCUACCCCUAAAGCGAGGGUUCGACUUCUUCUACGGAUCAACCAACUGUCACUUAGGGCCCUACGAUGACGUCACGACCCCAAACAUUCCGGUCUUCCGAAAUGCUUCGAUGAUUGGCAGGUACUUCGAGGACUUCCCUAUCGACAAAAGCGCGGCAGUAUCCAACAUGACGCAGCUCUUCACCGAGGAAGCUGUAGGCUUCAUUGAGCGCCAAGCGCCCCAGGGGCCGUUCUUCCUACUAUGGGCGCCUGACGCCACCCACGCCCCCGAGUACGCCUCUGACAAGUUCCACGGCACCAGCAGGAGAGGUCACUACGGGGACGCCGUGAGGGAGCUGGACGCCGGUGUAGGGGCCCUUCUGGACGCCUUGAGACGCUCCGGGGUCCACAACAACACCCUGGUCGUCUUCACCUCCGACAACGGCGCUGCUCUCGUCAGCAAGCAAGAUGGAGGCAGCAACGGACCCUUUCUCUGUGGGAAGCAGACGACCUUCGAGGGGGGAAUGCGAGCCCCGGGCAUAUUCUGGUGGCCAGGGGUGUUGACCCCAGGCGCCGUCUCCCACCAGGUGUGGACGCAGAUGGACCUCUUCACCACCGUCCUGGAGUUGGCGGGAGUAACGCCGCCGGGCGACCGUCAUCUAGAUGGUCUUCCCCUCACCAACUCUCUUCUUUAUCCUGACCACCUGGUGUUGAGGCCCGUUUUCCUGUACCGCGGGGACCGGCUAAUGGCCGUCAGGCAGGGGGCGUACAAGCUGCAUCUCUGGACCUUCAGCACGCCCCCCGAAGAGCUCAGCGUGGGUAUCAACUUCUGCCCGGGGGCUGAGGUGGAGAACGUGACCACCCCGAUACCCACGGACCACAGCGACCAGCCCGUUCUCUUCAACAUCGAAGUGGACCCCGCUGAGCGCUACCCCAUACCCUCCGGCAGCUCUGUGUACAAGAAGCAAGUCCCUGUGCUGCUGGAGGUUGUGUCGGAACACCUGACGGAGCUGGUUCCUGGGGAGCCGCAGCUGAACUGGUGUGAUCCCGCUGUGAUGCACUGGGCGCCUCCGGGAUGUGAAGCCCUUGGUAGGUGUCUUGAAGUUCCGCCCUCUGACCCCACCCUGUGUGUCUGGCCUCAUUAGUACGAGAUCUUGGCGAUGGUGACUCUACUAGCACGACCUCCUGGCGCUGGUGACUCUACUAGCACGACCUCCUGGUGCUGGUGACUCUACUAGCACGACCUCCUGGUGCUGUUGACUCUAUUAGCACGACCUCCUGGUGCUGUUGACUCUAUUAGCACGACCUCCUGGUGCUGUUGACUCUACUAGCACGUCCUCCUGGGCCAAUUGACUCUACUGCAUGCCCUCCUGGUGCUGGUGACUCUACUAGCCCGACCUGGUGCUGUUGACUCUACAGCAGUCCUCCU